CCCCACUAGCUUCUCUUCAUCUCUCAACCAUUCUUCUCUUCUUCUUCUUCUCCUUCAAUUCUGCUAUAAUCCUCAGCAUUUCCAUCUUUUUGUUUCUUGAACAACAACAUCUCAAAUGAAGAUCCAGUGCGAUGUCUGCCACAAGGCCGAAGCUUGUGUCUUCUGUGUUGCAGAUGAGGCCGCCCUCUGUCACUCCUGCCACCGCAGAAUCCACCACCCCAACAACAACCUUCUUACCGACCACCAUACCUUCUCCCUCCUUCAACCUUCAUCACCUAAACACUCCCCUCUCUGUGAUAUCUGUCAGGAGAGGAAGGCAUUCAUGUUUUGUCAGCAAGACAGGGCUAUACUAUGCAGAGGUUGUGAUGUUGGUAUACACAAGGCAAAUGAGCAUACCCAGAAGCACAACAGGUUUCUUCUCACUGGUGUUAAGAUCUCUGCAACUUCUUCAUCUUCAUCUUCAUCAGCAGCACCCACAAAUCACACUCAAAACCCCACAAAUAUUAAGCCUGUUGUUAGUCCUUAUGAUGAUGAUAAGGGUGGUGGAAAUGGGGAAUUGAUGAUGAUGACUAGUAGCAGCAUAUCAGAAUACUUACAGAUGUUACCAGGCUUCCAUGUUGAAGAGCUUCUUGAUUCUUCCUCUUAUGGCUUCCCCAAGAUUGGUGAUGAUGAUAAUGAUGGGUUGCCAUUUUGGGGUAGUGAUGAUCUUGAGAGCAAUCUAAUAAGCACUUUCACCUCAGAAAUUAUCACACCUGCAACUACAGUUUAUGGUGGGCAAAUUGGGAUCAAGAACUCCAUGGAAGCUGCAAACAAGAGCAGCAGAAAGUGGAGAAAAGAUAACACUUCUUUUGCAGUGCCACAGAUCAGUACAUCUCCCUUCACAUUCAAGAAAUCAAGAACUCUAUGCUAGCUAGGAUAUAUAUCCAGUGAUGUAUUAUAUAUCAACCAAACAUCUAUAAUUUUCUCCAAUUUCUUUCUCAUUUUCCCCACUUUGUAAAUAGCUAUGAAUGAAUGAAUCAAU